GGUCCCUUGCAUCCUCCAUUACAGCCUCAGCCACAGCCUCAGCCUCAGCAGCACCAUCACCAGCAGCAGCAACACCAUCACCAGCAGCAGCAGCAGCAACACCACCAUCAUCUCCAAGGGCCACCGCAGCCCUUGAUGCCCAUGAACCAGCCACAGUUCAGGCCUCAUAUGCAGGCCACGCAGCAGCAGCCAAAUAACAACAGGAUGCAGUGUCAGCCGCGACAGGGUCCAAUGAAGCCAAGGCAUAAUACACCAUCACAGAAUAUUGUCAAGCGUUCAAAUCAGCAGCUACAGUCAACUGCUCCAAGAAACAGUAACUUGCGUGAAUUGCCAAUAGCACCAUCACAUGCUAUGGAAAUGAACAACAACAGGCGAACCUCUACCCCAGCUGCUCAGGUCAAACCCAUUACCAGCACGAUGUCUGCCACCAAGUCCGUACCUGGUGUUGGAAACUCACAGGGAAGGCCUGAGAUGAAAGCUAGAGCAAUCACACCAGUGGGCCAAGCAAAAUCAGAAGUGAAAUCUGAACCAGAGUACCCAGACGAAGAUGAAGAAACUAGAUUAUAUCGUUUGAAGAUAGAAGAGCAGAAGCGUCUAAGAGAAGAAAUUCUGAAACAAAAGGAGCUGAGACGGCAGCAGCAGGCUGGUGCUAGAAAGAGAGAAUUGCUUGAAAGACUCGCACAGCAGCAGCAGCAGCAGCAACCUACGCAACAGUCCUACAUGCAGCAGGAGGACGACUCCUCCGAGUUCCCCACCAAUGGCAGCCCUUACAUACCCCACUCCGGCUUACAGACCAGGCAAAAUGUGAAAAACAGACUCCUUGUUAAAAAGCAAGAUACGGUAGUUCCAAAUAUCCAACCCAAACCCACAGAUUUCCCACAGGUCGGGGCGAAUGUGCAGUAUCAAGGACAGCAGAUUAAGCCAGUGAAGCAGCUGAGGCAGACGAGAACAGUCCCUCUGAGUCAGCCUCAGGCGCCACAGAAAGUGUUACAGACAAAGCCUGCUGGAGCAUCACUGCCCACGACACCGACUGCUCGAGUGGCUUCGGUACAAGCAAGGCCCCAGGAACUGAAACCUGGCGUGAAAAGGACUGUCAUGCACCGGACAAACAGUGGUAGUGGAGAUGGGUCCCAUGUCGGCAGCAAAGUCAGGGUGAUUAAGUUGUCAGGAGGGCAGGGGGGAGAGGAUGCUGGCUUUUUUCACCCAGAGGGCCAGCCCCAGCGGCCUCAACAACCCCCGGAGCCGAAACAGCAGCCAGUGCGGAAGGUCACAUUGACAAAGGGAAUGCAACAGCAGCAGCACCAACAGCAGGCACAGAUCCAUUCACCAGCUCCUCAAGGAGUCAAAAACAUCCAGGGAAUCCAUCAACCUAAAAAGGUCAUUAUGCACGGCAGAGGCAGAGGAGUAGCAGGCCAGAUGGGCCGAGGACGCUUGAUGCCAAAUAAACAGAACCUGCGAGUGGUGGAGUGCAAACCUCAGCCCUGUAUUGUGUCAGUUGAAGGGCUUUCUUCAUCAACUACUGAUGUCCAACUGAAAAACCUGCUGAUGUCAGUGGGACCCAUUCAG